AUGGCGAAAUUGAUGGAGAGCAACAAAUACGACACGCUGGCGGACUCGCGGCCAAAUGUGAAGGCGGAUCACUGGCUGACGACGAUGAUCAGAUCAUACAUGAUUCAUCCUGAAGAUAGGGAGCAAAAGCUCAGAGCCUGUCUCACCAAGGUCGCUGCUCAAGCUGAAGAGAGGCGAAUUCUGCACCACUUGCCAACAUUCGUUGCAAGGAACUUCUCGCCCAAGGAUCAUACCUACAUGCAGGAGAACCAGACAGCUCGUAUGAGGGCUGAAGAUGUGACAAUGGAGAGAUUUCACGGAAGCUACUAG